AUGGCCACGGCAACUUUACCUAGUGUUUCCUCCGACUUUCAACCCUCUGCCGCUGCAGGAUGCAAUAGCACCGCCAAUCUUCCUGGAGCUCCUGUGAUUGCCGACGAAGAUCUUCCCAAGACAGAAAAGAAAGACAAAAAGUCCAAAGGCAAGAAAUCCAAAGAUAAGAAGUCCAAGGACAAGAAAGCUAAGGACAAGAAGAAGAAGAAGGAUGCUGCCGCUUCUGAGAAGGAGCCCAAGCCAAUUCGCCAGGCUGUUGGAGUGAUUGUAGUUGACCCUGCUACUCGCAAGGUACUCAUGCUCAGUAGUCGUAAAAAUGAAGGUACUUAUGUCCUCCCUCGUGAUGAUUGCAAGACUGUACCUGCUGAGGAACACCCCGAGAAGGCUGCACUUCGUCUCUUGAAUGAAAAGGCUGGCGUUGCUGCCACUUUCUUGACCAGCCGUGUUGGCUCUUACUCUGAAUCUAAUAAGAAGGGUAAGGUCAUUGCUCACCAUUGGAUGUACGAGGUUCAUGCCCCUACCUUGCUCGAGACCUGGCCCAAUGCUGAUCGCCAACGUGUUUGGGUUCCUUAUGAAGAUGCUUUGAAGGCUACCGAAAAGAAGCGCAUGUCCCAUCUUGCUCUCUCAAAGUGUUCUCUUGCUAAAUCUGCCUAA